AUGACACAAACCCAAUACUCAGAACAGCAAUUCAUGAAGUGGGUCAGUUUUGUUGGUAGCCUCAAACACACCCUCUUCAACACAGCAAACAACAAGCUCUUCCCUUCUUACACUGUCACCGUUGAUAAAAAUCCGGCGGCCGGAGACUUUACUUCCAUUCAAGAUGCUAUUGAUUCUCUUCCUUUCGUUAAUCUUCUGAGAGUUGUGAUCAAAGUUCAUGCAGGAGUUUACACGGAAAAAGUUAAUAUACCUCCAUUGAAAUCAUUCAUCACCAUAGAAGGAGCAGGAGCAGAAAAAACAAUUGUCCAAUGGGGAGAUACAGCUCAAACCCCUGGGCCAAAAGGGCUUCCACUAGGAACCUUUGCUUCUGCAACUUUUGCUGCGAAUUCCCCAUAUUUCAUAGCCAAGAACAUCACAUUUAAGAACACCACACCAGUACCAGCGCCAGGAGCCAUUGGAAAGCAAGCAGUAGCGUUUAGAAUAUCAGCAGAUACAGCAGCUUUUCUAGGUUGUAGGUUUUUGGGUGCACAGGACACACUCUAUGAUCAUAUGGGUAGGCAUUACUACAAGGACUGUUACAUUGAAGGCUCUGUGGAUUUCAUCUUUGGCAAUGGGCUCUCUCUGUUUGAGAACACCACACCAGUACCAGCGCCAGGAGCCAUUGGAAAGCAAGCAGUAGCGUUUAGAAUAUCAGCAGAUACAGCAGCUUUUCUAGGUUGUAGGUUUUUGGGUGCACAGGACACACUCUAUGAUCAUAUGGGUAGGCAUUACUACAAGGACUGUUACAUUGAAGGCUCUGUGGAUUUCAUCUUUGGCAAUGGGCUCUCUCUGUUUGAGGGAUGUCACGUGCAUGCAAUAGCACCAGUGACAGGGGCACUUACAGCACAGGGAAGGAGUAGCCUCUUAGAAGACACUGGCUUCUCAUUUCUCAACUGUAAGGUCACGGGGUCAGGGGCACUGUACCUAGGGAGGGCAUGGGGUCCCUUCUCUAGGGUAGUCUUUGCCUAUACAUAUAUGGACAACAUUAUCAUCCCAAAAGGCUGGUACAAUUGGGGUGACCCUAACCGAGAAAUGUAA